UAGAGAUAACUCGAGAAGGAAAAGAAAAGCCCCGCCGACAAUGGAACUAUUCGAAACCAACCCUUACUACUUUACAGACCAGCGGUUUUUCGACAAUGAAAAUCUCUUCCCUUCGCGCCUGCAAGGUUUUGAGCAGCCCGUGUACCAAGAUCGGCUGGGGCUGGGGUCGGGGUUGAGCGCGGAUGCCAGGUCGCUGGAAGGUGCUUUGGACGAGCACGUGUACUCAGUAUCGGAGCUCCAGCUCCAGCAGCUCCAGCAGCAGCAGCAACAAAUCCAGCAGCAGCAACUCCAGCAGGACUGCCACGGCCAGUGCUUGCUGUGGGCGUGCAAGACCUGCAAGAGGAAAUCCGUGACCUUGGACAGGAGAAAGGCGGCUACACUGAGGGAGAAGAGGAGGCUGAAGAAAGUGAACGAGGCGUUCGAGGCUCUGAAGCGAAGUACUUUGCUGAAUCCCAAUCAGAGACUGCCCAAAGUGGAAAUCCUUCGCAGCGCCAUUCAGUACAUCGAGAGGCUCCAGGCUCUGCUCAGUACUUUGAAUCAACAGGAGAAGUUGCACUACAGUGGCAGCAACAUGCGUCAGGGGGUCGGCGUGGCAAUUGAGUGUGCAUCAAGCAGCGCCUCUUGUAGUCCCGAAUGGAGCUGCUCCUCUGAUCAGUGUAACACUCCGUACAGUACUCCCAGCGAACACUUACUAUCUGUGAAUAAGGGCCAGUCCACUGGAAGUGCCAGCUUACGUUCUCUCUCCUCCAUAGUGGAUAACAUUACUCCAGAGAGUUCACCGAACAGCUAUUUGGAGAGCAACACCCCAAACUGAAUGGACGUUGCUGUUCUUUCCAUGCAUCUUUUUCUAAUAGGAAGCUUUUUUUUAUUUUUAUACACUUUGGUGUGUGUUGUGCAUAAGGUUUGCUGACUCAAAGGGUUGUUCAAUUAGAGAAAAAAAAUCAUUCCUAAUUCUUAAAACUGUUUAAAAAGGCCAAUGCAUUUUUAUAAAGAUCUAUGACCAAUGCGUGUUUUUGCAACUAAUGUGCCAAAAGUAAUUGAUGUAAAUAUAAAUAUUUUUUACUGUUUAUUUUUG